GCGGCCCUCGCUACGUAUCCAUACCCUUACAAGAUCUUCUACAAUCACCUCUCGCAGAAGGCGGGAGGCACAGCAUUCUUGGUGCCAAUGGCAGAUCGUGACCAGGAGGACCCUCAGGUGUUCUUUGACCAUCAGAUAUUGGCCGCGGGAAGGGUGGCCCUUCUCACAAUACACAACGCCGCCGACAACUUCACGAUGAAGAUCAUGAACGUACACAACUUCGAGUUGGACAUCAUUGCCCAGACCAAGAUUGCGCACACAUGGAAGGACAUGGUUCAAUGGAAUAUUGAGAACCCUGUUACUAGAGCGUUUGUGGCUGCUGGAGAUUUCAAUGUCAAGUCAGGUCCUACACGUAGCUACACCGAUCCUGUUUCUCAGACAUUCACGCCAGGAACGCUGCCUGCUGAGACGGCUCGGGGCACUCAACCUUUGCAAGCGUUCUGGGAAAGACUCUUUGCGAUGGUUACGGAGAUCUCCACGGACUGCCCUACACAUUACUGCAGAGAUACGUCCACGGCGGCUACACUGGAUAGGUUCUUCAUUGCCACCCCAGCGUACUACCUGCUCGACGUUGAGGUGAUCGCGGAGGUGGAUAUUGAUGCUGCCGCCAUCUCGGACUCCAGGCUCAGCGACCACACGCCGAUCACCCUGCAUCUUAGGGAUCGAGCCCGCCAGAGUGAACAGACAGGCAUACCAGAGCACGUCCUUCGAGAUCCGCGCUAUGGUGAAAUUCUCGGUCAGCUUCUCGAUGCUGCACAACUACAUCGAUUUCCUGCGGUCUACCAGUGGAGAUGCAUGAAGGACUUCAUGUCUGAGGCGGCACGCCAAGUCCGCAAUGAGUUGCAGCGCAUGCCGAUUUCCGCCAAGGACCCUCGUGCCAAGGGGGGGCGCCUUAUCACGCUCCGAGCUAUCUCACGAUGUGUCUGGCGCAACGAUGUUGGCACCGCCUACAAGCUGAUGGCCACCACGGCCGACGGCGAGCGCUUCCUGACCGUCUCCAACGGCUGCGUCGAGCUCGGCGAGCGGCAGGAGUUCGGCGCCUUGAUGCGUGCCAUCAACUACGACUACCAGAUGAGGGAGGCCAG